AUGUAUUAUCUGCUGAGAUACUUUUUUUUACUAAUAAUAGCCGGUGUUUGUCUCGCUCGCAACGCACAUAUCGUCAAUCGGUGGGCAGAAAAUCUCGGUUCUGAAUUAUGGGAACUAGCAAAUGCUGUCGCUCGUCCAGAUGAGCUCAAACUCAAAUACAAACUAAUGAAUGCACGUGUUGAGGAUAAAUCCGGAGAGGAACUUAUCGAUAUUAUAAGUGAGAGCGUAGGACGUAUGCUAAGACGUAAAAUGGAUGCAGUUAGAUGUAUUCUCAAGGUAGCUGAAGAUGCUGCCGAAGAAUACAAUACUACGGCAGCUGGAUUUAAUAUCACGUAUGUGUCGGGUAAAUACAGCACGAUUGAAGAUGAAGAUCCUCCAGAUAUUCCUAAAAAUAUGAGAAAAAAUGCUUCUAUUUACAGGAGAAUAGAGUUGAAUCCAGACUCUCACUUUUAUAAUAUCCCAGUGAAUACAAAUUUUUCGUCAGUACACAUCCCUACAAAUGUUUACGACCUUUCACCAACAGUAAAAAAUACAAUAAAAUGGUCAGAAGCUUUGAAUGACGUAUUUCGCCAAAAUUACCGAUCAGAUCCAGCGUUAUCUUGGCAAUACUUCGGCUCGAUGACAGGAAUUCUCCGGCAGUAUCCCGCUAUGCAGUGGAAAACGACUGAAAAUGAUCUUGAUGUACCAGAUCUUUACGACUGUCGAAUUCGCAGUUGGUACAUUGAAGCGGCUACUUGCAGCAAGGAUAUGAUUAUCCUUGUAGAUGCCAGCGGAAGCAUGGAAGGAAUGGGUUAUACUAUUGCUAGAGCGGUCGUUAAUUCUAUUCUGGAUACUCUUUCAAACAACGACUUUGUUACUAUUCUACAAUACAACAACGAAACAGACCAUGUAGUUCCGUGUUUUGAAGACAAGCUUAUUCAAGCAACGCCAGAAAAUUUAGAUACAUUCAGAGAAUAUAUGAAAGACUUGGAUCCUCUAGAGAAUGCUAAUUUGACGGAUGCGUUUACACGUGCAUUUGGAAUUUUGAAGUCGUAUCGCGAGACUCGAGGAUGCGGUCCAGAGACACCUUGUAACCAGCUUAUAAUGCUUGUCACCGACAAUGUUGCUUCAAAUAUAUCCGAGGUUUUUGAUUUGUGGAACCGACAAGAAAAUGGAACACGUAUUCCAGUGCGUGUCUUUACAUAUUUACUGGGAAAAGAGGUCACUAAUGUACGUGAAAUACAAUUGAUGGCAUGUGAAAAUCGCGGAUAUUACACACAUGUCCAUACUCAAGAGGAAGCGCAAGAACAAGUACUCAAAUACAUCCCAGUAGUUGCACGACCUUUAGUUCUUCAAGGUUACCAUCAUCCAGUUGUGUGGACUCAUGCUUACACUGACGUUUCGAAUCCAGCACUUGCCUCGUGGCUGUGGCUGGUGAUGGACCACCCGGAGCAAAAGUCACGGCUGCAGAAGUACCUCGAAGGGAAACGUGAAGGCGUGAGAAUAAAUGAAGAUGCCAUCUACAUCAAGCAGCGAGCAAAGGGUGAAGAUCCACGACUGGAUGCGGGACUUUUUAAUUCAACUUUGUGGCAAGAGUACCGGCUCCUUACGUCAGUAAGUAUCCCAGUUUUUGAUCGAAAAGGAAACCGUAAUAACGAAACAAAACAAGCAAAUUUACUGGGUGUUGUUGGUACUGAUGUCCCAAUCGAGUCAAUACAAAAGCUAACAUUACCAUUCAAACUUGGCGUUAACGGCUACGCAUUUAUCGUCUCCAAUAAUGGGUACGUAAUAUUACAUCCUGAUUUACGUCCAGUUAGUGAAGGAAGAUUAAAGCGCAACUACAAUAGCAUUGAUUUGUCGGAAGUUGAGAUACUCGAUGACGGACGGAAGCCUAGGGAUCCAGGACCGGAAAUACUUAAUUUACGUCAAGCUCUAGUGGAUCAUCAGUAUGGAAGUAUGAAAGAUGUUCCUGUUAAAUUUCACUAUGAUGACAAUAGAAGAGUUAUGUUAGAAAAACGGGAUUAUUAUUUUGCACCAUUACCUGGCACGCCGUUUGGUAUUGCCGUUGCGAUUCCUAAUUACGGAAAAACUUGGAUCAAGGUUACUAAUGAGAUUGAAAAAAACCGUCAAGCAGGAAUUAAUGUUUCUGAUUUUUUUUUAAACGACCGUUGGAGAGUACAUCCAGGCUGGGUUUACUGCAGAUAUCAUUAUCUAGAAGGCCACGAGUUCCCGAGUCCUGAAGCAGAAGUCCGUUACUUCCUCGGGCGACUCGGUCAGCCUGGUUGGAAAUGGUCUGAUCAGUACACGGCUUAUGAUAUUAGUAUGGAAGAAGAAGAAGAACCAGACUGCGGAAGACAAGUUUUGGAAGAUGAUGAUUACUACUGCAAUGAAGAACUUAUGCAGCUGCUGGUAUUUGAUGCGAAAGCCACCAAUCAAAGUUACUCUGGAGAUUUCAGGUACAAGGAUGAGGACUCUAAAAGACUUGCGGAACUUUACAAAGUAUUUUUGAGAUUCGUGGCAACGCAGAGUGGCUUAACAAAGUGGCAGUACAUUGAGUCGGACUAUUUAAAGGAAGUUAGAGAUCAAUUGGAGUUUGGUGAUCUUCAUAGACGCGCUGUUAAUGAACCAUGGUACAAGGGAGCUAUUUUUCAACAUCAAAUCGAUCCAAACAGUAUUUUACUGACAGUACCUUGGAAUGCUGGACCUGAAGCUACAGUAACAGCUUCAAUGGCAAUAUUUCCCCGUGACGGAGGCAAAAAUGCAUCAGCAGCUGUCGUUGGUUUUCAAAUGCCCAUGACGGCAUUCUAUCAAAGAUUCAUAGAUAUAACUUCAGUAACAAGUAAUCCCGAUAUGGAUUGUUCGCACGCUUGGAUAGACUGUUACCUAAUCGAUCAAAAUGGGUUUGUUGUCGUAUCAGAAGCACACAACGACACUGGUCAAUUUUUGGGUGCUGUCGAGGGUGCCGUUAUGAAAUCAAUGGUUAUUCAAGGUUUUUACAAAGCCGUUGAAAUUUACGACUAUCAAGGUUUAUGUAAAACAAUUGCGCUCGAAGGUGCAGCAAGUUUUUUGAGUAAUCCUUUUACCAAUAUUUACAAUCUCAUUACUUGGUUUUUUGUACGUACACUCUGGAUAAUGUCGCAGUUUGUAAAUAUACCCGAGACAUUUGCAAGGGUGCAUUCGGACGAAGAUCUACCGGAGAAACCAAAGCCACCGCAUGAAAUAGAAGUACCAUUUUCGUGUGAUUUAAAGAGAACUCUGUAUAUUAUGAAUCAAUCGUUGGCUGUGAAUCAGAUAACUAAUACACUAGAACAGUGUUCACGCCCGUUUUUCGCUCAAUUAGUACCUAAUACAAAUCUUCUUCUCGUAAUCGUCGACACAUUGUAUCCCACGUGUUACGAGCGCUUAGAAGUACUGCCCGUUCAAGUAGACCCCAGUGAAUAUACAAAUGACACUGAACCAGAACCAUGUCACAAGAAAAAAUUAAACGAUUUGCCUCGAAGACGUCUUGAGAAAUGUUUUACCGAGCACCCAGAGGAAGAUGAAAUAGACCAAUGUGGACGAGGAACAAGACUGCAUAAUUCAAUUCAUAUUAAUAUAUUAUUAUUAUUAUUUAUUCUAGUCACUCUUAAAAUUAUUUUUGUGAAGACAUGGGCGCACAAACUUGGCUUCGAACUCUCACAGCUGGGAAAAUACGUGACGAAUGUUCAAAAAUUCGAAGAGAGUUACAAACAGGCUGACGUUAAAGCACAUGAUGGCAGUGCUCUUGUCCAUGAGAUUGCCAAAGAUAUUAAAGAAAUGAUGGAGUCUAAAAUAUCAGCCAUUAGAAGAAUAAUGGACAUAGCAGAAACAUCAGCAUUGUCAAAUAACGAUGCAGUACCUGGGCAAGAAUUCCAGUAUGUCAACGCGAAGAAUAAUUCUAUUGAAUAUGAAUUCAGUCGACACUUUGGUGGCGAAGUAAAUGUCACUAAAUCAGCAGUGCAUGUGCCGACAAAUGUUUACGAUCGCGCGCCAGAUGUAAUCAGAGCGAUAAAGUGGUCUGAAGAACUGGAUCAAACGUUUAUCAAUAAUUAUGAACAUGAUCCUUCAAUAUCGUGGCAAUAUUUCGGUAGUGUUACGGGUUUCAUGCGUCAAUACCCAGCGACAACGUGGAAUCCUAAGCCAGUUGACUUGUUUGAUUGUAGGACACGUGGCUGGUACAUUGAAGCUGCCACAAGUCCUAAGGACAUUUUAAUAUUAGUCGAUGUGUCGGGUAGUAUGACUGGAAUUCGACGCGAAAUAGCGCGACACGUGGUCAAUAAUAUUUUAGACACACUCGGGAAUAAUGAUUUCGUAAACAUUAUUCUAUUUUCCAAUGAAACUCAUGAGGUAGUUCCCUGUUUUAAUGAUACUCUUGUGCAAGCUAAUUUGGCGAAUGUUCGUGAAUUGAAAGAAGCUAUAGAAACUAUUAAAACAGAUAGAAUCGCCAAUUUUUCACUUGUAUUGACGCAAUCGUUUAGAUUACUCGAGCGUUUUCGAUUAAAUAAAGAAGGAGCUGCUUGUAAUCAAGCGAUAAUGCUUAUAACUGAUGGAGUACCAUAUAAUUACAAGGAAAUAUUUCAAGAGUGGAAUUGGAAUAGUACCGACGAACCAGACAAAAUUGAUAUGCCUGUAAGAGUGUUCACUUAUUUGAUAGGUAGAGAAGUUACUGAUGUCAGAGAAGUUAAGUGGAUGGCAUGUGCUAAUAGGGGUUAUUAUGUGCAUUUGUCUACUUAUGCUGAAGUUAGAGAGCAGGUAUUAAAUUAUGUACCAGUAAUGGCAAGACCUCUGGUAUUACGCAAAGAUGAUCAUCCAACUAUAUGGACACCAGUAUAUGCAGAUAUAACUGAUCCCAAAAUGACAGAUUGGCUUUGGGAACAGAAAGAGUGUGAAAAACAAAAAGAAUUAUUCUUAGCUUAUCAUUUGCUUAAACUAAUAACACAUAGUAGAGUUGCUAAUUUGCUCGGAGUCGCUGGGACGGAUGUACCGAUACAAGAAAUCCAAAAACUUAUGAUGCCACAUAUGUUGGGCGUUAAUGGGCAUGCUUUUAUCGUAACUAACAAUGGUUACGUUCUCAUCCAUCCCGAUCUUAGGCCAGUGUUUCAAGGUAUACUAAAGCCAUCAUACAAUGCUGUCGAUAUGGCUGAAGUUGAAUUAAUGGACUCGGGUAGAGGUCCACGUGAAUUCGACGAAGGUAUAUUGACGUUCCGGGACGAGGUUAUUGAUCAGUUGAACGGCAGUGUAAUACUACACACGAAAUAUCACUACGACGACAUGAAACGAGUCGGGAGAGUUAAGAGAAAAUAUGAUUACACUGCUAUUGAUAAUACGCCCUUUACAUUGGUGGUUUCUUUGCCAGAACACGGUCACGGUAGCUAUCGUGUUCAUGCCACUGAAGAAAUACAUCGCGCUCAUGUUAAUGGACAAAAUGCGACAGAUUAUUUUGCGGAUAGCAACUGGCGGAUACAUCCAGAUUGGAUCUAUUGCAAGUAUCAUUAUGAAGAUGCACAUAAAGAUAAAUACAAUUCUUCAGAACAAUUGCUUGUGCAUUUUUUGACACGUACCCGCCAGCCGGGAUGGUUUUGGAGCGACAGAAAGUUGCCAUCUCAACCACCGGAAUAUUCUGUCUCUGGUUCUGCUAGUUCAGGAUCACAUUCUAAUCCAAAUACUUCGGAUAAAAAUUCAUAUUACUGUGAUAGAGUACUUUUACAAAGUCUGGUUCAUGAUGCUAAGGUAACCGAAUGGUUUGCAAAUAUCAACCAGACUCGCGAAGAAAAAGGGAAACAAUUUCAACAACGUUUCGGAUUUACACUUGCAUUUAUGGCAACUCACAGUGGCUUAACCAGAUGGCAAGAUUUUCCAUUGGAUGACUCGGAAGAAUCUGCAACACCACCCAAUGAACAUUUUAGCAGACUAUAUCCGCGUGCUAUUGAUGAAAUUUGGUACAAGCGUGCUGUUGAGCAAUACUAUGUUCAACCAGACAGCUUUGUAUUCUCGGUGCCUCUUGAUGAAGAAGGAGCAGACAACACAACUCUCGUCACGGCUAGUCGAGCUAUUUUUAUAGGUCAAGGAAAUACCAAAGCUCCAGCAGCGGUAGUUGGAUUUCAAUUUCAGCAUACAGCUCUUCGAAAACUUUUUCACAAUAUUACAUCGACUUGCGACAAAGCAACGAAUUGUCCUCGUAAUUGUAAUGACAGCAGCUUAGCUUGUUAUUUGAUUGAUAAUAAUGGAUACGUUAUAGCUUCGAAACUUGAGGCAGAUGCUGGAAAAUUUUUUGGUCAAGUUAGAGGUCCUGUAAUGAAUAGCUUAGUUGAUGAAGGUAUUUUUAAUAAAAUUAGAGUAUAUGAUUAUCAAGGUGUGUGUUUUAAACAAAUUGCAAAUCCAAAUUGCGGUAGUGCACUUUUUACGCCCAUAAGAAUGAUGCAAAAAGCUGCAAGUUGGUUGCUGGCUCAAUUAGUAUGGACAUGGGCUAAAGUAGGAUUUUGGCAAUCUGAUUAUGCGUAUGGACAUACUUUUGAUUAUGAAAGUGAAGAAGAACAUAGUCAUAAUGAUUAUGAAGAUCAUGAUGACAGAUCGUCAGAAGACAAAGGGGAAAAAACUUAUGACGAUCGAGUAAUUAUAAAUAGAACUAAACCGCAAUCUUGUGAUAAAGAAGUUUACCUUUAUUUAUUGAAAAACGAGUCAACAAAGGUUUAUGACGUCGACCUAGACACGGGUAAAGGGUGUACUCGACCAUACGUUGUACAACCGGUUGAUUUCAGUAACAUGUUAUUAAUAGUCGUCGAUUUAAAUUGUCCUAAUACAGCAGAGCCGUAUGUGGAUAUAGAACCUGUAGAAGUUAUUUAUUUCAAUACCACACUGGCUUGCCAAAAAGCAUCUACAAAUAUGAAACGGCGAAGACCGUUGUCUUGUAUCAGAAACCAUCCUCAAGAAAGUGAAAUAAAAGAUCAGUGUGGUCUCGCGUCGACGAUAAGACCUAAUUCAGGUCUUCUUAUAAUAACUAUUAUUUCGGUAAUUACCAUCACGAGGCUAAUACGUACUUAA